AUGGCCGGUGUUGCCGAGAAGGCGAGAUUCUAUCUCGAGCGCGCUGUUCCCCAGCUGCGAGAGUGGGAGGAGAAGGAAAUCUUUUCCAAGGACGAGAUCCGCACCAUUGUCCAAAAGCGCAACGAUUACGAGCACAAGGUCCUUGCUCCUGGAAACAAGCCCUCGGACUGGGCUUCGUAUGCACAAUGGGAGCAAUCCCUCGAGUCUCUCCGCAGCAAACGCUGCAAGCGCCUCAAGAUCCGCCAUCUCAACUCUGCCCACGCCGGCCAAACCCGCACACUCGCUAUCUAUGAGCGAGGCGUCAACCGACACCCAGGAAGCGGUGCGCUCUGGAGAGAGUACCUAUCAUACACGUCUAGCGUCAAGGCGAGCAAGCGAUGGCGCAAGACCAUGACAAAUGCUCUGCGCAUGAUGCCCACCGACCCUGAGCUGUGGGCCAUGGCAGGCCGCCGAUCCGCAAAGAAUGGCGACAUGGCCGCUGCGCGAGGAUUCUUCAUGCGAGGAUGCCGCUUCUGCACUACAAACGAGAAGUUGUGGGUGGAAUACGCUAGGAGCGAGAUGGAGUGGCUGGAGAAGGUGGACAAGCGCAAGGAGACAGCCAAGCCCGGCCACGACGUGCUUCGGCCGGAUCGCAUCGAGGACGGCGACGAAUUGCGGCUUAUCGACAGCGAUGACGAAGACGACGAGGAUCUCCCCGAACCCUCCAAAUCCCAGGCCAAGGUCAUCGACAAGCAAUCGGCCCAACAGCUUGCGUCAAAUCCCGCCAUGGACGGUGCCAUUCCUAUGGCAAUUUUUGAUAUAUCCAGGAAACAGCCAUUUUUCAACGCCAAUGUCGCCGAGACAUUCUUUGAAUUGUUUGCGUCAUUCAGCAAGCUCGCCUCUCAGCCCAGGAUUUCUCAACAUGUCUUGGAUGUGCUUGAUCAGGAGUAUCCUAACCACCCGGCUACCUGCAAUGCCCACAUUCGCCAGCCCAUCAUUGGUGUUAACCCUCAAACUGCCGAGUUCCCCAUGAACCUGAGGGAGGUUCUUGCACGCCUUAACCAAUAUCUGUCUGAGACGACCGACCAGGCGGAACUUCAAAGGAAAACAGUGUCAUGGAUGGAUGGUUACUUGGCGCUGGAUAAUCUGGACGAGAGCAUUCGACUGGUUUUGGAGCACACAAAGAAGAAGAUGGUGCUGGCAUAA